CCACCCAAAGCAUCAAACCGCAGCGAGCGGCCGCGAGCAGGAGCGGAGCUGCAGCCAUGGCAGAGGGCAGGGGCAGCGGCGCCGGGCUCUUCGCCAGGCAGGUCCAGAAGCGCUUCAGCCGGGCGCAGGAGAAGGUUUUGCAAAAACUGGGCAAAACGGUGGAAACCAAAGACGAGCAGUUUGAGCAAAGCGCGUACAACUUCCAGCUGCAGCAGAAUGAAGGCAAUAAGCUCUACAAGGACCUCAAGGCUUUCCUUGGUGCCGUGAAAGUGAUGCACGAGAGCUCCCGCAGAGUGGCCGACACGCUGCAGGAGAUCUACAGCUCCGACUGGGACGGUCACGAGGAGCUGAAAGCCAUCGCAGAUAGCAACAACCUCCUGUGGGAUGACUACGAGGCGAAGCUGGCUGACCAAGCCCUGCGGUUGAUGGAGAACUACCUGGCUCAGUUUGGGGACUUUAAGGAGCGCAUCGCCAAGCGGGGCCGAAAGCUGGUGGACUACGACAGCGCCCGGCACCAUCUGGAAGCUCUGCAGAGCGCCAAGAAAAAGGACGAGGCGAAAAUCGCCAAGGCUGAGGAAGAGUUUAAUAAAGCCCAGGCCGUGUUUGAGGACCUGAAUAGGGACCUUCGGGAGGAGCUGCCAGUUCUGUAUGGCAGCCGCAUCGCGUGUUACGUGACCAUCUUCCAGAACAUCUCCAACCUCCGCGAUGUCUUCUACAAGGAGAUGAGCAAGCUCAACCGCGACCUCUACGAGGUGAUGAGCAAACUGGACAAGCAGCACUCCAGCAAAGUCUUCAUCAUCAAAGGUGUCCCCAGCAACCGGCGCUCAUUGGUCAUCUCAUCCCCGGUGAGCCCCCCGGCCAUGUUCCCCUGCCCGGGGAAGGCACCAGACUGGGGGCCCACGGUGGAAGUGGAGGCGAUGGCGGCAUCCCCCAGUGAGGACAGCGGUGCCACCGACACCAUCUCCAACGGGGAGCUGGGCACUGCCGUCCCCAGCCCGCCUCCAGCAUCACCCGCCAGCGCGGGGUCCCUGUCAGAGACAGCGUCAGUCUCCAGCGAGGAGGCCCCCGAGCCCGGUCCCAGCCCUGAGGCUCUGUCCCAUGAGCUGGGGACAUCGGGGGCAGCCGUGGAGCCGGGCACCAGCGACCCCAGCGCCGCUGAACACCAGGACCUGGAGCCGGAGGGGGCCGAGGGCAUCGCCACCUCCCUGGCGUCACUGAUCCUAUCCGAGGCCAUUGCCCAGGCUGCCGGCACCGCGCCGCCAGAGCCGGGGCGAGCCACGAGCAAAGCCCACACAGGGGACCCCCAUCAGCACGGCACCGCCACCACCGCGGAGGGUCAGGCAUGUCCUAUGGAGCUGCUGUCCCCAGCGCAUGUUCCCUGCCAUGCCCCCGGUCCUGUUGCAUGUCCAUCGCUGGGUGAUGAGCAGGAGCUGUGCCGGCUCGGCAGUGCCACAGGCAAGCACAGCGACUCCGAGGAGAGCGUGGAGGUGAUGGACAUCGAGCCAAAAGUGGCCAGAACUCAGAUGGGGCUGGAUCCGGCCCUCGACACAGCAGCGAGUGGCUGCACUGGAGACUCUGGCUCCUCCUCUGGCUCCACAACCGAGGAGCCAGGCUGUCCCGGGCUGCCAGAGCAGGACAUGAGCCAGGAUGAGAGCCAGGACCCGCCACCAGCAACAACCCCCUCCCAGGACCCCAGUGAGACCCUCACCUCCCUCUGAGCCUGGAACAGGCAUCUCCGGGUGUCACCAGCAGAUAACAUUGUUCCACCAUAACCGUAAUGUGCUUCCACCCCCCAUCCCGGCUGAAAUAAAGGCAGAAAAGGUGGCAAAAA